UGGACAAUAUUCUCAUGGAGGUUGCCGUGAACUGCGUACUUUUGUAGUCGCUACUCACUCUCCUUCGUGAAUUGAUUUGAAGUACAAUAUAUUUGGGGUGAUUUUUGUGGUAAAAGAAAACCUGCAUUAUUCAGAAAAAAACGGAAAACAUUAAGAGGGAUUAAGACAAUUUAUUAAUAUUACGAGAAUAGUCUCGAAUAUUGAAACGACAUAACUGUACGCCGCUCAUUUUUUCAGAACCUACCACAUUCCUCUUCGCAUAUCGUUUUGGGACAUCCUGUAUAUCAAUAAUAUAUAUCAAUAGUAAUUGGAAAGUCCGUAAUGAUAUAGGUGUGUCAAAUUAAGUAAACAUUUCUGAGUCACAUUUGAUUCAAUAAUAUUCGACUUCGUUAUUUACAAGGUUAGAUUGUUUUAGCUGACAUUACAGAUGCCAUACAUUCUAGUACGUGGUAACCUAGCAUCGUACAGUCAUAAAUAUCCCUGGAGGGUUUUAGUAUCAGGGCUUAAAGCGGCUGAUAUAGAGCAGUUGAGUCGUUUUUCCUCUAUAGGAUAUUGCGACGAUUCAACGAUAGUAUAUUUGCAACAUCCUUGCAUAAUAUUGACUGCUUUAGAAGUACUCGGUUACAAAGUCGUCGCAUCUUCCAGUACUAGCAUUAAGCAAGAUUAUAAUGAGUACAUGUGGACUAUGAGAAAAGAAUUCUCAGAACCCGAACCUGAUACUGUUGUAAAAGCUGCGCAAUGGCAGCAACAACCACGUCCAAGAAGCAGAACGCCGUCGACGACGACGACGACACUUUCUAUUACAUCGGUGUAAAAGCAUCUCCGUUUGCGACCGAUUGCGCAGUGUUUGGUUUGCCAACGAAGGAAAUAUCGGCCUUACGCAGCCGUUUCCCGCUGUCUCCUAGUAGUACAAAUAUCGUGAAUGCAAUUAUGCUAAAAGGCACGCCGUUCUCCGUCAUAAACGCUCUAGCUGAGCUCGGCUAUCGAGUUAUUUGUAGUACCGGAGAAACGGAGAUACUUUGGACAUUGCAGCGAGAAAAUUAAUGCUAUAAGAAUGGACCUUACUGCAUGCAUAUUAUAUAUCCAAACACAUUCUCUUGUAAUUUACAUAUUAUAUCCAUCUUUAUGAAUCAAACUAGCAAUUAAUAUUGAUGGAUCGAUAAGAUUUGCAACUUGUUCUUUUCUUGGCGUUCUUACUUUUAUAUCUUGAAUUCUGAGUGUCUAAAAUUACGUUUGUAACUCGGCAAAGUUUCAUUUAGAUACGUGUAUGUGACCAAACAAAAGGUUUUACUUUUUGAAGAUAAUGGCACAUCAUAUAAUUAGAUGAUUUGUAAUAUUCUAAAAAUAUAAAAUAGAAUAUUUUAUAUUUCGAUUAUUCAAGUGGAAAACUUUAUAUUAUGAAUCAUCUAAUUUUCAAGUCAUUUCUGAGACAGUUUUAUUUUCUGAAUAAUUAAAAUAUAAUAUUUCAUUUUAGAAUAUUUUAUAUUUCGAUUAUUCAGAAAAUAACUUGCACAUUGCACCUUGUGAGAAAUCGCUCGAAGAAUUCUUUGUCGGUUCUUUUAUGUCACACAGCAAUGUUGAAUUUCUUCUUUUACAACUUUGAAAAUGUUGCGGCAAAAUUAUAUAAUCGUGAUAAGACUGUUGAAGGGUAUAAUCCUGAAGAUAAGUACUUUUGCGGCGUGCAAAAUAAUCGCGUUGUAGAUGAUAAUUUCAACAGAUGCGGAAAUUUUGUUAGAUCAAAGGAAUAUAUAUUGAGAUUGCAUAUCGCAUGCAAUAUGAAAGUAUUAAUUAUACAAUAAUUUGUGAUAUCUUUACCUCCUUGUAUGAAAAAUGGAUUUUUUAUGCUUUAUUGAAGUCUACGAUGUGAGAGUUUCUUAGAAUUCAGAUUGGCCCAAGUUGGCGCUAUGUAAUUCAGAUUGUACCAAACUGGUCCAAACUGGAUUCAAAUUGUGUCUAUUUAUAUUUGUGGAGAACGAAAUUUUAUUAUAUAUGCAAAUACUAUUUAUAUAUUAUAUCUAUAUAUCUAUAGUAUAGUGUUAGCUAGUAGCGCCUAAUAUAUAUAAUAAGAUCUUUUCCCACCAUGUGCUUUAAUAGAUGAUUUAGCAUAACAUUAUAUUAUUGUUAUACACAAGAUAUCGUUCAGAGAGUUUAAGCGCGUAAAAUCGAACGGAGAAAAAUCUAUACAAUGUUUAUGUCUAAUGUUCAUGGUAUAUUUUUACUUGAGCUACAUGUCAGUCUUAUUGCAAAUUAUAAAUGUCAAUUUAAAGAACUGUUGCAUCUGAUCUUUCAUGUAUUCAUAAGAAAUUUAUAAAUCGAGUGAAAUUAUAAAGAGAUAUCAUAUUAUUUUGUAGUAUAACAAUUAUAAAUUGGGCGUAUCUAAGUAAAAUCAAAUAUUAUAAUUGGUGAUGGGAAUGAAAGGAAUAUGAUAUAUUUGAUAGUCUGAUUAAUUGGUACAGUUUACUCUGCGUAACGUUUACACGACUAGGCGACGUGACGAAUUUUAUGUAUAAGCUAAUAAUAAUCUCGUAAAAUCCUAUUUUGUGUGUUCAACAGCUAAAACAUACAUUAAUGUAUGAUUGGAUGUUGUACAUGAUUUAUCUCAUAUGUAACAAAUAAAUAUAUUGAUAAAGUGCACUCUA